ACCAUUCUCAUCAGUACCAUUCACCUCCAUAGGUUUCUCUUUGCUAGACAUUGCCAUUCUUUCAGCAAUAAUUCCUCUCAAACAACCCUUACAGCUGUGUGGGGCCAUUUUGCCUGAAAACUGCAGAAAAACACCACAACUUCAACAGAGUAUUUGAUUAUCACAGUCCAAGAUACUGUGCAAUCAUUAUAUUUGAGACAUGAUAGGAGAUCUAACAGGAGACCAUGGCAGACUGAAUGAUGUGUGUUCAAUUUCAGUUACAUGUUACAUGAUGUCAAAUCAUGGGCUUCCAUUCACAUUGACCUUGACCUUACUAUCAGUUAGAUGGUAGGUAUAGGUAUGUGGUAUGUUAAAAUCAGUUUUGGGAGAAUGUUAUACCAGUAAGUGAUCAUUAUUUUUCAUCAAUGGGUGAUUUAAAAUAGCUAUGAUUAUUGGAAUCAAAAAUCAAACAGUGGCUGCAAUGCAUGACCUUUGAUAGCAUUACCUUUGAACAUUUUGAUAUUCUCUAGUAAAGGUGAUAUAGUUUAAAGUUCACGUGUCACCAGGUUAGAUAAUGGUAGUUUUUUCUCUAUUGUUUCUUUCACUCACAAGUCACAUAAAAUGCAUUAAUAUGUAGACGUGCAUAUAGUAGACCAUCUAAAAUUAUGCUCAGUAGAGAAUAUGAAAUUUAAAACUGCAAUUAUUGCAGGAAUGACGUAUGAAAAUUGAAAUAGAAAAUAAUAUAAAUCAAAAAUCCAAAUCACUCCUUUCACUUCACAAGUCCAAUGUCCGUUCAACCUCAAAAAUUUACUAAUUUCACUUCAACCUGUCAGUGUCAGUCGUUUGCCACAGUAAGUCACAGUCCGAACAAAUCCAGAGAUAGAGGAGAAUACUUAAGUUCCGUGAUACCUAAUGGCGCUAGGUUGUAAGGAAUGUUCUCCCUGUUCCUAAACACAAAACAAAUUUUCUUGUUUCAAGCCUUCAACCUUAAAAAUUAUAAAUAUAAAGUUAUUUUAUUUAUCUCUGCUUCUGGGGGCCUGGGCACAGCUUUGGGAAUGAAAUUCAAAGUCAUAGUAACAAAUCUAAAACCUGUAAUUUUAAAAGCUUUUGUAUCAUACAGCCAGACCCCCACAGCAUCUAACAUGGUGAAAUACCUUCAACAACAAGAAGCAAUAGACAUCGAUUUGGAGCUUUUCAAUAACUAUCAAUUUUCGGUGGAUCAACUGAUGGAGUUGGCAGGUCUCAGUUGUGCUUCUGCCAUAGGAAAAUCAUACUCAGAAUUACAACUCCAGAAUAAAUCCAUUUUAAUUUGCUGUGGACCUGGAAAUAAUGGAGGAGAUGGUCUGGUAUGUGCAAGACAUCUGAAGUUAUUUGAAUACAAUCCUGUAGUGUAUUACCCUAAAAAAACUGACAAGGAUUUGUAUAAGAGGCUGGUGAACCAGUGCAUUUUAAUGAAUAUUCCAAUAACUGAAUGUUUGCCAAACAAAUCUCAACUAAAUCGUGAGUUUGGUCUUAUUGUGGAUGCAAUAUUUGGAUUUAGUUUCAAGCCACCUAUCAGAGAAGCUUUUGUCCCAGUUAUUGAUUUAAUGAAGGACACCAGUCUACCAAUAGCAAGUAUUGACAUUCCCAGUGGUUGGGAUGUUGAAGCAGGUGCCACAGAAGAUGGAAUGAAACCAGAGAUGCUGAUUUCCCUGACAGCUCCAAAAAAAUGUGCAGAAUUCUUCAAAGGGAAAUAUCACUAUUUGGGGGGAAGGUUUGUACCUCCAACAUUACAGGAAAAGUAUAAACUGAAUUUGCCAAAAUAUCAUGGAACUGAAUGUUGUGUAUUACUGAACUAAAUAGGUAUAUUUUGAUAUGGACUUUGUUUCAAAAGAAUAUUUUUUUGAUAUGGUAAGUGAUAUUACUUAUAUAAUUUCCAAAAAAAACGGGAAAGUAUUUGUAUUGGAGGGACCUGUAUAAGAAUGAUGAAUAAAUGAAAGUAUUUGGUAUUAUACAACUUAGCUACAUAGGAGAUGGUACCAGAAUAAAUAAAAAAACAGAUUUUUUAAAAUCCCUUUUAUUCCAUAGUGAACUUAACCCCAUUACCAUGCUAGCAUGCCCCAUACUUUAUGGAGUAUCCUUGCUGUCAAUACAUACACAGGCAUAAAAAUCAGACCCAUUAUCAAAAAAAUAAGAAAAAGCACCACAAUAAUUUCCCCAGUGAAAAUGGCGCAUUUGAAGAGCUUCUCCUUUUGGUCAGGUGUCUCGAAAAUGUCUAUCAAUUUGUCCAGUAUGAAUCUGGCAAAGUAAACAAAACCAUCCAGCAAGGGGGCUAAAUUCCACAGCAUCACCAGUAUGGUUAUACCAGCAGUGUAUGCAUGAGUGCAAAGAGAUGUCAUAAGGGCCACAAAUGAAAUACUCCUGAAAAAAAUAU